GCGGCUCAGCGGCCGCGGAGGCAGGAGCGGCGGCGGCGGCUCCGAGAUCCCCGGACCCGGCGCGUCCGCCUGUGCCCGGCGCAUGGAGCCCCGGCGCGGCCGGGCGCCCGCGGGGGGAGCAGCCCCUCGGCGCCGCUCUGAGCCGCCGGCCGGGGCUCGGUGCCCGGUGCCGCGGGAGGGACCCGGCUGCGGAGCGGCGAGCGAGCCGGCCCCUGCCAUGGGGCUGGCCGGGGGGCGCUGCCCAGCCCGGGGCUAGCGAGGCGGCGCGCCCAGGGGGUUGCCUGGCUGGUGCUCUCCGUGCCUGGGGCAAGAUGGGGGCGUUUCUGUAGCGCCCUGGCAGCACCCAGCCCUGGCGGUAGCGGGGUGCCCGGGACGUGCCAGGAGCCGGCCAUGGCAGCCCUGCGCCUGAAAAUCAUCGUGUCCUUCCUGUGCCAGCUGGUGGUGGCCUCCACCUUGGAGAUCGGCUCCUACGACAUCGAGCGGGGCCGCGAGGCCAGAUGCCAGCCCAUCGAGAUCCCCAUGUGCCAGGGCAUCGGUUACAACAUGACCCGCAUGCCCAACUACAUGGGGCACGAGAACCAGCGGGAGGCGGCCAUCAAGCUGCACGAGUUUGCCCCCCUGGUGGAGUACGGCUGCCACGUCCACCUGCGCUUCUUCCUCUGCUCCCUCUACGCCCCCAUGUGCACGGACCAGGUGAGCACCAGCAUCCCGGCCUGCAAGCCCAUGUGUGAGCAGGCCCGGCACAAGUGCGCCCCUAUCAUGGAGCAGUUCAACUUUGGCUGGCCGGAGUCCCUGGACUGCAGCAAGCUGCCUACCAAGAACGAUCCCAAUGCCCUGUGCAUGGAGGCACCCGAGAACGCCACCCCUGGGGACGCUCCGAAGGGACAGGGUAUGCUCCCGGUGGCGCCGCGCCCCAGGCCCUCGGGGACUGGAGAGGGCAGGGGGCCGAACAGCUUGGGGUCAUGUGAAAACCCCGAGAAGUUCCAGUACGUGGAGAAGAGCCUCUCCUGUGCCCCCAAAUGCUCCCCUGGGGUGGAUGUGUACUGGUCCCGGGAGGACAAAGAUUUUGCCUUCAUAUGGAUGGCAGUUUGGUCAACGCUGUGUUUUGUCUCCACGGCCUUUACGGUGCUCACCUUCCUGCUGGACCCACACCGGUUCCAAUACCCGGAGAGACCCAUCAUCUUCCUCUCCAUGUGCUACAACGUCUACUCGGUGGCCUUCAUCAUUCGCUCAGUGGCUGGGGCUGAGAACAUAGCCUGUGACCGGGAGAACGGGGAGCUGUACAUCAUUCAGGAGGGGCUAGAAAGCACCGGCUGCACCAUCGUCUUUCUCAUCCUUUACUACUUCGGCAUGGCCAGUUCGCUCUGGUGGGUCAUCCUGACCUUGACCUGGUUCCUGGCAGCUGGGAAGAAAUGGGGACAUGAGGCCAUCGAAGCCCACAGCAGCUACUUCCACAUGGCCGCGUGGGGCAUCCCAGCCAUGAAGACCAUUGUCAUCCUCACCAUGCGAAAGGUGGCAGGAGAUGAGCUCACCGGGCUCUGUUACGUGGGAAGCAUGGACGUCGGUGCCUUGACGGGGUUCGUGCUCAUCCCGCUCUCUUGCUACCUGGUGAUUGGCACCUCCUUCAUCCUCACGGGCUUCGUCGCCCUCUUCCACAUCCGGAAGAUCAUGAAGACGGGAGGCACCAACACAGAGAAGCUGGAGAAGCUGAUGGUGAAGAUUGGGGUCUUCUCCAUCCUCUACACCGUCCCGGCCACCUGCGUCAUCGUCUGCUACUUCUACGAGCGGCUCAAUAUGGAUUACUGGAACCUCAGGGCGUUGGAGCACGGCUGCAUGGCCUUCCCCGGCAGGCGCAGCACCCACUGCUCUUUGGAAGCCUCGGUACCCACCGUGGCUGUCUUUAUGCUAAAGAUUUUCAUGUCGCUGGUGGUGGGCAUCACCAGUGGCGUGUGGGUGUGGAGCUCCAAGACGCUCCAGACCUGGCAGAGCCUGUGCAACAGAAAACUGGGCAUGAGGACUAGGGGGAAGCCUUGCAGCGGGGUCACUUGCACUGGGGCGCAUUGCCAUUACAAAGCCCCUACGGUCACGUUACACAUGACCAAAACAGACCCUUACCUGGACCAUCCCACGCACGUCUAGAAGGGGGUCUCCCUUUGACUGCGGACGCAGCACAGAGAAUCUCACGGGUAAGGGACUAGGAGGGAAGAGAAGGGGCCUGCUGAGUGCAUGCCCAGCUGUUUGGGGGGACAGGGCAGGCCAACAGCACGGAGCUCACUCAGAGCUGAACGGCGGAGAGGGGAAAAGAGGAGGUUGGACUGUGAGGGGGCGAAUGCACCCUGGCAUGUGGGUACUAGAGCCGAGGGACCCGAAGGGAGCUCCCUGGCAGAGGGUUUUGGCCCGGGAUACCUGCUAAACCGGUAGCUGCUUUUCCUAGAGUGUUUUUGUUUUGUUGCUAUUGCCAAACCCAGUGACUGGUUUAACCCUUGGUUUGGGGGUGGGGGGGAAUAAUCCAACCUGAGGUUAUUUAAUUCUGUAAUUUAUUUUAGAACUUUUUUUAAUCAUUAGCUGCAAGGAAUGGAAACAAUAAACCCUGAUGUGUUACUUCAA